AUGGAGAUCGUUUAUACAGUUGAUGUCAAGAUGAUAAAUGAUGGUGAAGAUUUAAAACAUAUAUUAAAAAUGGAUAUAUCAUGUUUAAAUAUUCUAUGUUUUUCAUGUAAUUAUCUAUCCCCACCGAAGCAACAAAAAAAUUGUCUAGAAAUCAUUUCAUCUUCUUUACAUCAAAAAGCAAAAUCAUCGUUUUGUGUUUAUAUUUGUUCACUUGAACAGCCAUGGAAUUUUAGUUUAAUUACAACAUCAUUUUUACCAAUUGUUCAACUUGUUUGGAGUCUUGAUGGUACACAUCUACUUGUAUGUAAUCAAGCAGGACUUUGUCAAAUAUUUAAAAUGAAGAACGAUUGUAUCAAUACAAUGGAUAUUAUAUAUCAAUACGAAACACAUGAAGAUAUUCUUUGUGCUAAAUAUAUUUUUCCGAGAGAAUUAAUAGUAGUUAACCUUGAUAGAAAUGAAACAUUUUAUGAAAAAAUAAAUAUUUCAUCACCCUUAUUGAAAUAUGCUCUUAAUGUCGGUAAUUUUGUAUGUAUUACAACAUCUGGUACAAUUCAUGCAUUACCACUUAAUUGUUCAUUAACUCCAUCUACUUAUUGUCUUUCACAACGUGCAUCGCUUUGUGUUUGUCUAUGUGAUAUAUAUCCUACAGAUAAAGGCUUUAAUAUUAUUCUUUGUGAACAUAUACAAGGUGCACUUAUUCAUUUUUUUGUUGUUAAUUAUGCUUCAUUAGAACCAAAAUUAUCUCUUAUAUCUUAUCGAACUCGUGGUUUUCGUAUUCCAUCAUGUUAUGGAAAACUUCAAUCAUUAAUUUAUUUUCAACGAAAUGGAACUGAUUGUAUUCUUACACAUAUAACAUCAUGUACUAAUGAUUUAAUUGAUCUUUAUGAAUAUCAUAUUGAACAAGAAGAAUGGAUAUCAGUAACUUUAUUAAAUUCAUCUCAAACACGUAUUACAUCAAUAUCAUUAUCACCAAAUCAAUUAUUAAUUCAAGAUAAUAAUUAUCAAGGAUUAUUUGCUCGACAAAUUCUAAUAGCAUUCAAUGAUGGUUCAACAGCUAGUUUUGAUAAAUUAAAUCUUACAUCUCGAGGACGAUAUCUUCCAAUGAAUAAUACUAAUUUAAAUAUUAAGCAAUCCGAAUAUUUUAUUAAAAUUCAACAUACAUAUUCUGGUUUAUGUUGUGUUGGUUUUACACAAAAUGGUAAUAUUGCACUUCUUCGUACAAUAUGUCUCAAUGAUACAUUAUCAUCAUCUAUGCUUAAUAUUCUUAUUCAUUUAUUUGAACAAUAUAUUGUUGAAAUAUUUUGUCCAUGUGAUAUAUGGGAUAUUUUAUGUAUUAUUCCAAAUAAUUCAAUAAUAAAUCAACUUAUUGAUCGAUUAGUAAUAAAUUAUGAAAUGCAAACACUUGAAUUUAAACGUCUUUAUUUUAUUCGUUUAAAAGAAUGUCUUUAUCAUUUACAUCGUCUUGCACGUCCAUUUACAAAAGAUAGUUGUGAACAUUUAAUUAGUUUACUUAUUUAUCAUGUUUUAUUAGUUGUACGUGAUUAUCUUCGAUUAUUUAUAUAUGAACCAACAAAUCGAAAUUUUGUUGAUGCUGCACAAGAAAUUUUACAACAAACAACAUUUAUACAAAAUAUUGAUAUUAAACGAAUAAAAUAUUUAGGUGAUCAAACAAUAAUAAAUGAAACAAAUACAAUAGAUCCAAAUCAUUAUCAAUUAAUAUCAUUUACAUUAUUAAUUAAUUGGGUAUGUGAUAUAAUAUUUUAUUUUAUUGGUUAUUUACAAUCACAACAAAUAUCAUCAUGGUUAACAUGUCAAAAUUUAUUUACUGAUUCAAAACAAUUACAAUGGUUAAGAGAGUUUAUUAUUUAUAUUUAUAUUCUUAAUAAAAUGAAUAAAAUACCUUGUAGUAAAAUUGCUCAUUUACAAUUAUUUUCACAACAACAAACAACAAAUUCUAAUGAACAAAAAGAUAUUUUUAAAGAUAUUUAUCUUAGUUUAACAAAAUUUAGUCAUAAAAUUGAAGUUCAAAAAACAAAUAUAUUUGAUGAAUAUUUUCUCGAAGAAUGGUCAGCUUUCGGUAUUGAAAUGUUGCAAUCAAAAGCGGACGAUAUGUUUCCGAAACCAUAUCCGUUUCUAAUUCCAAAUUCACCAUUACCACAAAUAUUUAUUCGUGAUCAAUUACCAUCAUUUGCUACUCAUCUAUAUGAUAAUUCAAUAAUAAUUAAUAAUUUUUUAGAUAUACAAUUUGAUAUAAUUACACUUGGUAAAAUGUCUUUAUCAGCAAAUCCAACAUAUCGUCGAUGUUUACGUUGUUCAAAUUUUUCACGUGUAUUUAUAACAAAACCAUAUCCAUUUCUUGUUUAUCGUCUGAAUAAUCGAUGUUUAUGUGGUGGUCUAUUUCGUCUUUAUACUCAACCACAUACAAGUGAAAUAUCAACAGUGAAAUAA